AUGGAAGACAGCAAAGAUUUCUCUCUUUAUCACACUAUUCGCUUGGAAGACAAAAAGGGUAAGGUGUAUGGUGACGCAGCAUUCAAUUCCAACAAGGAUAACUUUUCGUCAGACCAUAUACGAAGAUGUGUUAGGGCGCUUCUGAAUCACAAAAUUCUAAAAGAAGCUUUCGAUCCAUUGUUGGAAACUCGUGGAUUGAGACAGGGCAUGCGGUUCAGUACUCUUCACAAACUAUGUUGUGCUAAGGCUGAUGAGGCCUUAGACAAGAUAGACAUUGAAGAUGUUCAAGCCUUAGAGCUCCGUUGCCCACAGCUCUGUUCUCGAGAUGCAGAAGAUAUUUUGAAGAUGAUUAAUGAUGGCCAUAUAUUCAGGGCAUUUAACCAAGAAGAGCGCGAGUCUAUUAAACACAUUAUUCUUUCAAUAGACUAUGUUAUACCUUCAAUAGGCACAUUUUUCCAAGAUGUACAUCUUCUUGAAAUGUGCGCCGCUAGCAUGAGGCACAUUGUCACCCCUUUUUAUAAAAUGACGAUUCGGGAGACGUUAAGGCGUGGUUUCACACCAACUAUAGCAGUGCAUAGUCCGCAAGUAACGGUGUCUCCGGCGAUUGAAGCUCCAACAGAUGGGCUGGAUCCCUCAUUUGAUCUAGCUAUGGAACAGCUUUGGAUAUACCUUGUAGGGGUAUUCCAACGUAUGCCACCGCCAAAUCUAGGGACUGGAGGCAGAUUACUCGCAGGAUACCUUGUUAAGAAGCCGGAUGUCGGUGUCUUAUCUAGAGUUGCUAAAUAUGCUCAAAAGCUUGGGUUCAAGACACCUGAGAUUGAACGAUUGUCUCAACUGGCCAUAGAUGGCAAUAGCGAAUAUCCUGCUAAUCUCAAAGUUAAUAACCAACCGCAAUUAACGAAUUUUGUUUCACAAAAUCCAAAUCUAGCAGCUUUUUUGAUUACUGGGCAUGUAAAAAAUUCCCUCAAUAGAUCAGCCGCGAAAUCGCCAGUAUCAUACGCUCGGGUCCUGCGUCAGCGGCGUGGCCGACCCAAACAUGAUUUGUAUCAAGAGGAUAGAAAAUAUCUUAUGAUUGAAUUGGUUCGCUUUAAUUUCGGAGCAUUAAAUAUGAAGAGCCAAGAUAUAUCUUCAUUUCAAAUUCUAAGGUCUCAAUGCUUGUCUUUCUUCUCCCUCUCCAAGGAAAUGGACAACUCAGGAGCGUAUAAGACGCCUGCCGAUGUAAACGCUAGUGAGGCCGAUACUACUUGCAUUCUGGAACAAAUAUAUUCAGUAAGAUCUACAUCAUUUUCGAGUAAGUAUCAGGAGGAAGAGAGACGUAGAAAAGAAUCAGGAAAUUAUCAGGUCUCACAUAAUAACAACGCAAACGAUAUAACUGCUCCUAAAGAUCAACAUACAUCUUCUCUGGGGUCAGUGUCAAAGUCACAAACACAUAACCCCCGAUCAACAAGGCAUAUCGACAAAAAGAAUUUUAAAUUCAUUGUGCAUCAGGAAGGCCAAUUCAAGACAUUCCUGCAAGUCGAUACAGAUCAAGAGGACGACGUAAAAGAAGUAGCCACAACAAUACUUCGUGACCACGAGAUGAGUCUAUAUUAUCUCGACUGUACACCGCUUCUCGCUGAAGACUGUUGGAAAUUACCAAGAGAUGAUUUGAAUAACAUCCUUCUCUUACCAACAACCGAUUUUGUCAUUAAUGAUGAACUAAAGACUGCAGCUGCAGCAUAUAGAAAAAAAGAACAAAGAGCACAGUUAGAAGAAUUCAGAAGACGUUAA